UUUCAAUUUCUAUUCUCUGGGGUCAGCUGCUGCACAGAAACAGGAAAAGGAACCAGCAGCUGCUCUUAUGUAUAUGGGUCUGUAGCACUUGGUUAGAAGGUAGAGGGAGAGGUUGUCUGGAGAGCGCUGCAGCCCUGUGCCGAGCAUUUCCACACAGCAGACAGUUACACAGCAGUCAUGGGUACAGCCAGUCAGGAAUCACUGGAGAGCCAUCUACGGCAGCUGAAAUGCCAUUUCACCUGGAACCUGAUAGCAGAAGAUGAGUCCUUGGAUGAGUUUGAGGACAGGGUGUUUAACAAGGAUGAGUUUCAGAACAGUGAGCAGAAAGCCACCAUGUGCAAUAUACUGGCCUAUGUAAAGCACUGCAGAGGUCUAAAUGAGGCAGCACUGAAAUGCUUAGGGGAAGCUGAAGACUUCAUCCAGCAAAGGCAUCCUGACCAAGUAGAAAUCAAAAGUCUGGUCACCUGGGGAAACUACGCUUGGGUCUACUAUCACAUGGGCCAACUCUCAAAAGCUCAGGCUUAUCUGGACAAGGUGAAACAGGUCUGCCAGAAGUUUUCCAGUCCCUACAGGAUUGAGAGUCCUGCGCUUGAUUGUGAGGAGGGCUGGGCCCGAUUAAAGUGUACCAAGAACCAAAACGAGAGAGUGAAGGUAUGUUUCGAGAAGGCUCUGGAAAAGGACCCAAAGAACCCAGAAUUCACCUCUGGAUGGGCCAUUGCAAACUACCGUCUGGAUGACUGGCCAGCAUCAAAUGACUAUAUUGACUCUCUAAAGCAAGCCAUUAAUCUGUCUCCUGACAACACUUAUGUUAAAGUCCUCUUGGCACUGAAGCUUGAGGGGACGCAUGAAAAACAAGCAAGGGAGCUGGUUGAAGAAGCCUUAAAGAAAGACCCAAUACCAAUAGAUACACUGCUCAGUGCAUCCAGAUUUUAUUACAAGGUAUAUGACACAGACAGAGCUAUACAGUUGCUUAGAAAGGCUUUGGAAUCCCUGCCAAACAACGCGUAUGUGCAUUACCAUAUUGGGUGCUGUUAUAGGUCAAAAGUCCGUCAAAUGUUGAACACAAGGGAAACUGCAUUUAAUGGAGAUAGGAAGAAGUUAGAACUAAUACAGCUAGCACUGAAGCACUUACGGAAAGCAGAGGAAAUCAAGGAGAUGAUCGAAAACUCCUGUAGCUUCCUUGCCGGUCUUUAUGCCAUAACAAAGCAGUAUGAAGAAGCUGAUUAUUACUUCCAGAAAGAAUUCAACAAGGACCUCCCUCCUGGCUCUAAACAAUUACUCCACCUUCGGUAUGGCAACUUUCAGCUUUUUCAAAUGAACUGUGAAGCCAAGGCUGUCUACCAUUUUAUGGAGGGUGUGAAAAUAAAGCAGGAAACAAAGCAAAAAGGAAAGAUGAAAGACAAACUUAAAAGAAUUGCCCUAAAGUGGCUUUCUAGAGAUGACUCUGAUCCUGAGGCCUUGCGCAUCUUGGCAUUUCUUCGGGAGAAUGGAAACGGUCAACAAGUGUGAGAGAGGGACCAGAUUGGGGGGGGGAAGGGGAGGAGAUAGAUGUAGGAUCUUGGCAAACAGCCUAGAGCUCUUUCUAUUUCUUUAGACUAGUUUCCACAGUAGCAAUUCUUUAAUUGCCCUCCAAUGAAGCCUUGUCUUGGGUUUGUUUUUUGUAUUUAUGCAAAGCAGCCACAUUUCUCACAUGGGUGAGUGUUCCGUCCUUGAAUUAUUUUAGAUAUUGCACAGCCUUGUUCUACAGAGAUAACAAUGUCCAUCAAAAAGCCGAGGAGCCAGGGACUGAGGCUCAGGACUGUAAUCCUAGCACUUGGAAACUGAGACUGGAGGAUUACAAUGAGCUUGAGGUCAGCCUGAACAUGACAUGGAAUGGGUGAUGGUGGUGGUGGAUGGUGAAAAUUUUACAUGUAAAUAUUUACUGAUUAUGUAUAUUACCUUAUAAGUUUGGGUGAGUAUAUAUCUAAGUAACCACUAUUAUCAAAUAUAUAUAAAAACACAGAACGUAAUGGUUUUGCUUUAUUGAUAAUUUUAAGACUUAGAAAAUGAUGUUCAAUAUUAAUUGAACUCAAAAUAGAAAUUCAAUAGUGAGUCCCAGGUCUAAAAACAAACAACAAAAUCGGUGGGACCAAAUCAUCCCUCCAGUUUACCAGCCAGUCCUCAAUCUAUGGUGUCCCACACACAUGCGUUCAACUGUUCCAUUAGCUCAGGUGGCAACAGGAUUUGAAAAACUGAGAACAAGGAAAGUCAGAAGGGCCAUAUCUGUGCAAACCAGUAGACUUGGGUAGCUACAACGCCAGACUUCCAGGAGCAUGGGGAGACUUCUCCCUAUUCUACCCUCCUAGGACUAUGUUGUUGUAUGAAAAGAAAGGGGAUUCUGUCUACCACCAUGACAAUUCAUAUAAACAUUUGUUUCAAGCAUGUGGAAACUUCAGUGGGGACAAAGGGACUGCCGAUUUAUACUCGACAAUUAUAAACUCAUGAGGAAAACGUUUAUUUCCCCGUUAAAUGAAUAAAGUAAGUACUUUAUUCACAAACACUAUAAUAGACCCAUAUUGCAGAUGCCAGAAAGGCAGCUGCCUGGAAGAAUAACUUGGACUGAAGCUUGGGUCAAGGGACUUAGAAAUGGCAUGCGUAUUGGAGUUGAGUUGUUUUCUUCCAUUAGAAAUGUGGCAUACCAAGAGAUAUAAAUAAUUCAUUUAACUCUGAAAAAAAAAAAACUACAGAAACACCACAAAAUUGAUAAUUGUCAUUACCUAGGUAGAGCUUUAAGGGCCUGAAUGUUAAGGUUGGUGUGAAUUGACAGAGUCAAGUGGCCCAGUAUGAGACUGUCAGCCACACUCCGAUACAGAAACGUUUCUCUAUUGGAAUCAGCUUGUCUUUAUGUACAUAUGAACAUUCUAUUCAGGAAUUAGAACAUAUGGUUUAUAGACUGUUAAAACUGAACAUUCUAACAGGUGUAACAGUGUUCCCUGAUAUUUUAAAAAUGAAAAUGUUCUGUAUGCAUUAAGUCCAUCGAUAUUUACCAUUUGAAUCUCUGGAAAAAUAGUAAACUUGGUUACUUAGUAACACAUGAUGGAACAUUAAGCUAUGCUUUGCUUCACCUGGAACUUUACUGUACCUUUGUUUUUUAGACUCAAGUACUGAUAAUAAAGAGUAGCAUUUCA